GCAGCUUAGAUGGGCACCACAUUCUCGGCGCUAGUAUUAUCAUGCAUCGCAACUACCACUCCCCAGAACGUUCUCCUGAACGUUCAUCCAGCAGUUCGUCAUCGGACGAAUUAAUAGCUUAUGAUUUGAGCUGGCGUUCUGAAGAGUUGAAUAGCCUCCUUCGGGACGUUCUCGAUAAACACGGCUUUGAA